AUGGCGGACGAUGAGAAAAGGGUGUUUGCGCUGAUCAGCGCCAUCGGCACCAUUCGGGACCGGCUGCGACAAGACAUUGAUGGCUUGCGACAGAUCCACAACCGUUGGAAAGAUGGCAAUGGCUCGUCCAUCAACCUCAUCGCGCAACUGACAGCGCUGAAGUCUAGUCUCGGCAAUAUACAAGACUGGCUCAACUAUGCUGUCAACGAUCUGCAUCCGCAACUUCUAUCGGAUUUGGACGUACUGACGCAUUCUUGUGGGAUCCUGGUGCGCCAUGUAGAUGCCUUGAAUGUUUGUCUUGGUUACCGAGAUCAUGGUCCCGUCGAUUUCGCAGCAAAGUUAAAAUACCGCGUCGCUGUCAGAUCGAUGGAACGACUGCAACAGGUGGCGCGAAGACAGAACGAUGCCGUGAACCUGUUGCUUGCGGCAUGUCAUUGCACCGCGCAAGCACAGCGGAAGAUUCUGCUCCACAAAAGCCGCCAGAUCAGAAAGGAAGAUGCGGCAAACCUCAGGACCCUUUCCCAAUCCUCAGGCUUGAAUGGUGCUUGUAUCACUGGUCUUGCACAACUAUCACGAUUUAUUCAAUGGCUGAGACUCCUGUUCCACAUGAAGCUCGCGCGAAACGAGUUCCACGGGGCUGUCUCGCCUACGGAUGAGGAGAAUGAGGAAAUGGCAGCAGCUACUCGUUCCGAGGCAAUAGACCGCGCUUUGCAAAGAGAAGCUACCAACCUUCGCCAUGAGACCAAAUUGGUUCUCGUAGGCAAUGGACAAAGCGGCAAAGAACUCAUCAUGCACCAGCUAAAAGUGCUAUUCACCGAAGGCUAUCACUCGACUGAUGAACGGUUGAAAUACCGCCCCGCAGUCUACCAAGUCAUACACUCGCUCAUCCAAUCAAUCACAAACCUACUCAAAGACACCGGCGUCACGCUCUCCAAAGAACUAAACCACGACUUCGCCAUCCUACUCCACGAGCUAGACACAGCAAAAGAAGGCAUAACCCCCGACGCAGUCAAAGCCAUCACAACAAUCUGGUCCUGCCCCGAAUUCUCCAAACUCUACGUCCGAAACUUUGAAAUCGACUUCCCACAAUACGCACCCUACUUUGCGCAAGAAGCACCCCGCAUCGCCGACGCAGACUACGUCCCCAGCGAAGCCGACAUCAUCCGCCUCAACCAAUCCAUGCGCGGCAUAAACGAAGCACGCUUCAACUGGGACGAACUAGACGUGCACCUCUUCAACAUCCGCGGCUACGUACCCCAGCACUUCCGCGAGCGCUGGUACCACCAACUCGACGAAGCCACCGCCGUCAUCUACACCGUCGACGUAUCUCUAUACAACAAACCCAGCCCCCAGCUGCCCAACCAAUCCAUCCUCGUCCACGAAUUCGAAGCCUUUGAGACCUGGGUCAACCAACCCGGUUUCGCGCACUCCUCCAUCAUCCUCAUUCUAAACAACUUCACGCGCUUCGUUAGCAAAAUGGCCUAUGCGCCGCUGGAAAAGCUUUUUCCAGACUACGUCCGGAACGAGUCGGAUCCAGAGUUAUCCGCAAGACAGUAUCUGCUCAAGCAGUUUAGAGCUAGGAAUCAUCAGGCUUUGCCUGUUUAUUCCUUUUGGGUCGAUUUGGAUUCGAGCGAUAACCAGCACUUGUAUCAGGCGUUGAGGAGUACGCUGAGCAAGGUGCAGCAGCAGCAGCAGUUGGAGCGGCAGCGUAGGGCGAAGGAGGAGGAAGAGGAUGGGGUCGCGUGGGGUUCGAGUGUUGGGUCGGUUGAUGCUGCUGCUGAGGCGGAUGCAGACAGGCCGGUUACGAAGGGGGCGUCUAGGGCGAACUUGUUGAGUCCGAGUCGCAGUAGAGGGGCGCUGAGGGAGAAGUAG